GGGGAGUCGUUUUGGAGGCCCCUACUGCACCUGCUCAGGGCUUCUGCUCGGGCUCCGUUACGUAUGUUCUGACGUCUUUCGGGGUUCCUCCAAGAAAAUAUUACGUAUAAUCGCUGCUUCAAGGCCCCCUAUCAGCUCGAGGCCUCCCGCGGCCGCUUACUUUGCGUACCGCUUGAUCCGCCCCUGAAUAAGAAAAAGAAGAGAUGUUUUUUUAUUUAAUUGUUGUGUUUGUAAAACACAUGUUCUGCGAGCUUGCUGCUAGUUUAAAUCUAAAUAUUGCUACCUUAGCCCAAUAACAAUCUUAUGUUUGUAAAUAUGCAAAAAGCAGCAAAAUAAAACGUAUGCAGUCUUCCGGCAGACACAUUUGCCCAAAAAAAAGCCAUUUUCCCACACUCGCACAGAUUGCAAAUUGUGUAAUAAUGUAUCAAACCCAAGACCGCGUGGAUUUUCCAUCGACUAUAUCAGUUGCAAGGCCUCUCGCCCUGGCUCACAAUCUCGCCAAAGUUCAUGAGUGCCUAAUCAAAAUGACCCCAAAUCGCAUAGCGAAACAUUUUGUGAGCGCGAAGAUAUAGCGUUUAUGAAACGGGACUAUUUCUUUAGUCACUGUCAUCGCUUCUCGAGCGAAAGUCACGAUCGUAGACAGGAGUCAGUUUUCGGAAACAAUGGCAAAGUUGCCAGUGUUUUACCUUGCUCUGGUGGUAAAUACACUUUGUGUAUUGCUGAGCGUAAUAUCGGCGGAAAAGCUUCAGAUCGUUUACCAAUGGACACAGAUAAGCUCCAACAGCAAUAAUGAUCCAUCGAAAAACCUAGUUUUUAUGGACGAUACUGUCGUGUCCAAUGAGGAAAAAUACUAUGCGUACGGAAACAUUCCGAUAGGCGUUACACAUCACAAAGGAUUCCUGUACGUAACGUUUCCCCGUCGACGAGCCGGCAUACCGGCCACCUUGAACGUUAUCGACAUGGCACGCAAUCCAUCCGUGAACGAUCCUAAGCUGGAACCCUAUCCGAAUCUGUUGGUGAACACACUGCGGAACGAUUUAUCGGCCGAUCCAAAACGGAUCAUCUCGGUCUAUCGUACCCAGGUCGAUCGGUGCGAUCGACUAUGGUUCGUCGAUACCGGUUACCUCGAAUAUCCGGGCGGUGGUAGCCGUCAGGUGCAGCGCCCCGCUCUGUGGGUUAUCGAUUUGACCGUUAACCGUAGUGUGCGUCGCUUCGAAAUACCACCAGAAAUGGUUAAAUUAGGAUACGGCAUAGCUAACAUCGAGGUAGAUGUUGAUGCCACGGAUUGUAAUCGCGCAUAUGCCUACCUUCCCGAUUACGAGUGGCAUAAGCUGUACGUGUACGGAUUUAAUGAAGGUCGUAUGUGGCGGUUCGAGCACAAUUACUUUUCCUUUGAACCGCGGCAUGGUAAUUUUUACGUGGCCGGUCAAAAAUUCACCUGGAACGAUGGUAUCUUCUCUGUAGCCGUCGGUGGAAAGUGGAAAGAUAGUACCACCGAACGUAUCGUGUACCUCCGUGCGAUGGUUUCGGUUAGCGAAAUUGCCGUAUCGAAUCGUGUUCUGCAGAAUGAAACGUUAGCACUGCUCGGAAAAGGUGCAUACGGCAAGUAUUUCCAUCAUCUCGGCGAGCGUGGUCCGAACACGCAAACCUCGAGCCAUGCGUACGAUCCCCGAACGGGUACACUGUUCUAUGCGGAAAUAAACCGCAACUCGAUCGGUUGCUGGAACACAGACAAACCACUUAAACCUGAAACUCAGGGCAUCGUGCAUCUGGAUAACGAGGAGAUGAUUUAUCCUGCAGAUAUAAGGGUUGAUAGCAAUGGUGAUCUGUGGGUCAUUUCAAAUCGGCUGCCUAUCUGGAUCUACUCCGAGUUGAACCGGACCGAAGUGAACUACCGAAUUUGGCGUCAGUCAGCGUCUCGUGCUAUAGCUGGAACGAUUUGCGAAUAGGCAAAUCAUUUUCGCAGUGCGAGCGAUAAAGAUAAUGAAUUGUUUUGUUUUACA